AUGGACUUCAUGGAUAAAUCAAGCAAAGAUUGGGGCAUUCUCAACGGCGUCAAGCUACAGAAACCAAAACUAUCUUUUCCUGAGCUCAGUAGUUACAAGCCAUUGAGGACGCUGUCACCGAACGAGUUCCCGAUAGAUGACCCAACGAAACGUGUGCUCAUCGUGGGUGACAUCCACGGACAGAUGACUUACUUAGAAAAGCUUAUGCAAAAAGUGAAAUACUCGCCAUCCCAGGAUGUUCUCUUACAUGUGGGAGAUAUAGUAUCCAAAGGCCCCCUCGAAGGCUCGCUUGCCGUUUUACAAUUCAUGGUCUCGAACAAUGUUACUGGGGUGCGCGGAAAUCACGACCAACUUGUCGUUGAAUGGAGAAAUUGGUACGACUGGGUGACGGACUCUUUGGGUGGAAAGGAAUGGUUAGAUGGUCUACAGGCCCGAUGGGAAAAGGCAGUGUCCAAGGACCCCGACACGGAACUGGAAGCCUGGCUCAAAAGGGAAAAGAAAGCGAGCACACGGAGAGAAAAAGCUUGGUGGAAACUUAUACCGAAAGGUUGGGUCAUCCUCGACGACCAUUACUAUGUCGCAAAGGAGAUGUCCGACCAGCAUUUCCAAUAUCUCCUCGACUUGCCUCUGCGGCUCUACAUCCCCAGUGCGCAUACAUUCAUUGUACAUGCAGGUCUACUGCCAUGCGAUCCCAGAUAUCCAGUUGAGGAUGAAGCUCGACAGCCUUUAGCACGCAUCCCGACCCUUACCCGCCGGCCCUCUGGCAACCAAACUGGCGUCAACACUACACUCCUUCACGACGUCGAUGCCAACUCUACAUCCACGUCCCUUAUGUCCAAUAAAAGCAUUGACGCCCUCAGGAAUCUCCAAGAGACAGGGAUUCUCACUCAGAUUCCACAGAAUUCCGAUCCUUGGGUGGUCCUAAACAUGCGUAAUGUUCUGCCCGAUGGUAGAAUUUCAAAGCAAUUCGGUGAAGGGAUGCCCUGGUCAAAGUUGUGGAAACAGCAUAUGCAGAGUUGCUUGGGCUAUACCCGCUUUCCUCGAAUUGCCAGUCGGGAUGCCGAUGAUGACAUCGACGCUUCAGGGAAUGAAACAACAGUUGACGACUCGGACGAUGAUGAGCAGGGAGUCAAGAAAUAUAAUUUGCUCUGUUACCCUUCCACCACAGUUUAUGGACACGCUGCCGGUCGAGGGCUAGAUGCAAAGAGGUGGUCCUUUGGUCUUGACACUGGAUGCAUCUAUAGAAGAAGAUUGUCAGCUCUGAUGAUAAAAGGACAAUCGAAGGACUUGAAGGACGUUGACUCUACUGAAAACGGUACCAUGCCAAGAUAUGAAGACGACGAAGAAGAUGAGGAUGAGGACGAGGGUGAAGACGACGAUAGGGAUGAGGGCGAUGGUAAUGACGAGGAUGAGGAUGAAGACGAAGACGAAGAUGAAGAUGAUGAAGAUCACUCUGACUUAGCUGCGAAGAACAAACACAAAAAUAAGGCUAAAACCCCUUGGCUGCCGUUUGGAGACAAUCAUCGAGCUACAGUCGCCUCCGUCAGAUGCAAACCACGAUCUUAA